UACAUUUCUGCUUGGAGUCAGCAAGUCUUUCAAGAAUGCAGAAAGCACUUCUGAGCACCUGCCUCCUCUUGGCCCUGCUUCCUGCAGUGACAUCUCUGACUUGUUCCUACUGUCAGCAAAAUACAACUUCAUGUAACAGCCAAACAAAUGAGGUCUGUGGCUCUAAUCCAAGCUGUGUCUCUGGUGCUAUGGAUAACAAUAUAUUUCCACAGUACACAGUGACACCUUACCAGGGAUGUGCUGAUUCCCAACGUUGCCACUCAGGUGAUUACAGUAUAACUUCAGCCAAUGGUAGAUACCUCCAGAUGAAGGUCUUCUGCUGCAGAACAGAGAAGUGUAAUAAGGAACCUGUCUAUGUUCCACCUCGUGAGGACCUUUCCCCCAAUGGUUUAGAGUGCCCAGCCUGCUUCGGCCUCACCAAUUUUGCAUCAAAACCCAUAUGCAGAAGUCAUGGGACUGUCAGCUGUGUUGGCAAUGAGACCAAGUGCAUUGACUAUUCUAGCACGGCUAAAUUUUUUUUCCGUUUCAAUAAGCAACUGAAACUCAAAGGCUGUGCAACUGAAGACGUGUGUGCCCUUAAUGGAAAAAGAUUUUCAUAUGGCCUUCUUAGCUUAGCUAAGAUUGUAACCAAAUGCUCUGAUGCCUCAAAGCAGAUUGACCUUGAAGGGUAGGUAGGAGAGAGGAAAGAUCUCCUCCUUCUCUAUUGCACCAUUCAUGGUACCAGCAGAAUAUAUUAACAGCUGGAUGGUGAGAGCAGGGGCUCAGGCCUCCUGGUUUUCUUUUUCACUAUUGGUGAAA